AUGGAUUACGCUGAACAGGUUGAGGACAUUGUGGCUACCGCCCAGUUUGGAGACUUGAUUGAGUUCUCUUACCCUGUUGGAUACUCACACUGGGGUGUAUAUGAUGGAGAUGGAUACGUGAUUCAUUUUGCUGUUUCAGAUGAAGGAGAGGUGAUGAAAAUGUUCCGCAACUCCUUGCAAACAAUCUUCCCUCUCUGUGGAGACCUUCUUCUGGGGGAGACCAAAAUACGCAGGCAGCUCCUCUCCGAAGUGAAUGUGCCUUCAGGUGCUCAUGUCUUAAUCAGCAAUACUCGUCAUGCUCGCAAACCAUCUCCAGAAGCUGAAAUGAGACGGCGGCGUGAUGCCUUACUGGACAAGGAGCUUACGUACAAUCUUUUCACGCUAAACUGUGAACACUUUGCCACCUUUGUACGUUAUGGUGAAUCUGUCUGUAAUCAGAUUCCAGGAAGAGCAAAAAAUACUGAACUUAAAGAAGCAACGGAAGUGUUCCAAGGCCUUUUAUCAUAA